AUUCCUUAUAAAAAGUUAAAUAAGUAAGUUUGCAUAUAUAACCCAUUGUGAAUGUGAGCUGAAGAAGAAGUUUAGAAGAGGACGUUUAUCAUUACGGAGCAAAGUUGUGCAGUGUUUUAAAGAAUUCCAAACAAUUCACUGUUGCAUCACGGCAGCUGAUUUCACGACUUUUCCUGUACAACGCCAGCACUGCCUGCGCACCACCACCUAACACGCACACUGCCCUGACACUCGAUUUUUGGCAAACUCAUUGCUCAUUCUGUCUGCUUUCCACUAUUUGUUGCAGUUGCGUUUAAUUGCAAGCAGCCAGCAUGUCCUUGACCCCAAAGAGUGUAGAUUUCAAUGAAAUUUGGCCAAAUCUCAGAAGUACUGCUGAAGCGGUCAUAACACUGGGCAAUGUUAACCGUUCAGACUGGAGUACCAGAUUUAGUGAUGUUUAUACUUUGUGUGUGGCGCAUCCAGAACCUUACGCCGAUCGACUGUAUAAUGAGACGAAACAAUUUUUAGAGAACCAUGUUCAGAAUAUGUUAGCAACAAGAGUGGCGCCCGGUCCAUGCAGUACGUCAAGUGUUAACGGUGAACCAGAUCUGCUGCAACGUUACUAUGAUGCGUGGACCGAAUAUAGUCAAGGUGUCAAAUACCUAGACAAUCUGUAUUCUUACCUAAAUCAGCAGCAUAUUAAGAAGCAAAAAAUCUCUGACGCUGAAGUGGUAUAUGGCAAUUUGUCUUCGGAUACGAUGGAGCAAAUGGAAAUCGGUGAAUUAGGUCUGGAUAUUUGGCACAUCUACAUGAUAAAGAAUUUAAGUGACGAUCUGGUCAAACAUAUUUUGGAAGACAUUAAGGCGGAUCGUUGUGGAAGCCCUGAAAUCACACCUAAUCGCGUUAAAGUAAUAAAUGGCGUGGUACACAGUUUCGUGCAAGUUCGAGGCUAUAAAAGAACUGGACAACUUAAAUUGUAUCAAGAAUUAGUCGAGUUUCCAUUAGUUAUGGCAAGUGCGGAUUACUAUGAUAACGAAGCAGCAAAGCUAUUGAAAACUUGUACUGUCAGUCAAUACAUGGAAGAGGUUAUCAAGAUAUUGGAAGAAGAAACUAAACGUGCGAAGAAAUUUCUGCAUGCAACUUCAAUGUGGAGACUACGUAAACAAUGCGAGGAUCGGUUUGUUAAUCGGCGUCUUGAUUUUAUUUAUUCUGAAUGCAAGGAUAUGGUAUCACAAGAGAAACGCAAGGAUCUGCGGAAUAUGUACAAAAUACUGAAACCGAUAGCAGACAAUUUGAAAUCGCAGCUAAUACAUACAUUUUUGGAUCACAUUAAAAAUGAGGGGCUAGAAACUAUCUCUACACUUUCUGGUGAAAAUAUACAUAUACAAUUUGUGGAAAAUAUGUUAAAAGUGCAUCAAAAGUUUCAUGAACUAAUUGCUGAUGUGUUUGAAAAUGAUUCGUUGUUUUUGAGUGCUUUGGAUAAAGCUUGCGCGAGUAUCAUCAACCGUCGACCAGGCGACCGGCAACCUUGUAGAAGUGCCGAAUAUGUUGCCAAGUACUGUGAUACGUUGCUGAAGAAAUCCAAGACAACCGAGGCGGAAAUUGAUCAAAAACUCACCAACAAUAUAACAAUUUUUAAAUACAUCGAAGAUAAAGAUGUCUAUCAAAAAUUCUAUAGCAGACUGUUAGCAAAAAGACUUAUUCACGAGCAAUCUCAAAGCAUGGAUGCGGAGGAAGCUAUGAUCAAUAGAUUAAAGCAAGCUUGUGGUUAUGAAUUCACAAACAAACUGCAUCGCAUGUUUACGGAUAUUUCGCUCUCGGUGGACUUGAAUAACAAAUUUAAUAAUCAUUUAAAACAGGAAAAUAUUGAUUUAGGCAUUAAUUUAUCCAUCAAAGUGCUUCAAGCUGGCGCAUGGCCAUUGGGACCAACGCAAGUAGUGAUACCCUUUGCAGUGCCGCAGGAAUUUGAAAAAUCUAUCAGAAUGUUCGAAGCCUUCUAUCACAAAUCGUUUAAUGGUCGCAAAUUGACAUGGCUACAUCAUAUGUGUCAUGGCGAACUGAAGCUGGGCUAUCUGAAGAAAACUUACAUAGUUACAAUGCAAACCUAUCAAAUGGCCAUGUUGUUGUUAUUUGAAUCCUGUGACUCGCUUACCUGCAAGGACAUACAAAGCACCCUGCAAUUGAACAGUGAAACGUUUCAGAAACAUUUACAAUCGCUACUUGAAUCGAAAUUGCUCAAUGCGAGUUCAGAAAGCCUAGAGGGCAAUACGAAAAUCGAAUUGAAUUUCGAUUAUUCGAACAAGAGAACAAAAUUCAAAAUAACAUCUGCUAUGCAAAAGGAAACACAACAAGAGCAAAUCGAACACACCAUCAGUGCAGUUGACGAGGACAGAAAGCUUUAUCUGCAGGCGGCCAUUGUGCGUAUCAUGAAAUCUCGCAAAGUUCUGAAGCACAAUGCGCUUAUACAAGAGAUUUUAUCACAGUCGAGAGUGAGCUUUACACCGAGUAUUUCAAUGAUAAAAAAAUGCAUCGAAUCGCUGAUCGACAAACAGUACAUAGAACGUACUCCCAACUCGGGUGAUGAAUACAGUUAUGUGGCAUAACUCUGCUUGAAAUUGCUAGUGUUGUUAUUAUUGUUUAAAGCAGCUAUUGUGCAAUUGCGGAGACACACUUAUCACAAUAUUAAUUUAGAUAUGCUGCUUCAAAGUUUGUAUGCCGAAUAUUAAAUUAUUCUUUAUAUACACAA